AUGAAAGAAAAUGAAAAUUUCAUUAGUGAAUCAACGAACAAAAGAGAAUGUAGCGAUAACGAAGAGAAGAAAAUAGAUAUUGACGAUGUUCUAGUAAACGAGAUCGGUCAAUUCGGUAGGUACCAGAUCCGACAACUUCUGCUGUUAUCUUUGCCUUUGCUGAUGGGUGCCUUCUCAAGCGAAUAUGUUUUCUCUGCGGCUGCGAUUCCACACAGAUGUCAAAUUCCCGAAUGCGGCGAGGAGGGCAAAGACUUUGAACUUCAGCCCGAGUGGAUUGUAAACGCUGUUCCUGGAACAGACUCUGGUGGUUUCUCCAGCUGCCAGCGUUAUGAACCUUUAGGUGCCAACGGCUCAUUGGAGUUUUGUUCCGCUGACAUUUUUAAUCGGAAUAACGUGAUCGCUUGCGACAACUAUGUGUAUGGCAAGAAUAAUUCUGUUGUUUAUGAUUUCAACCUAGGCUGCCAGGAAUGGAUGCGUACAUUUGCUGGUACUCUAAGCAAUAUCGGAACAUUGCUGGUUUUGCCAAUCACGGGAUACUUCUCGGAUCGCUUUGGACGCCGACUGGCUCUCAUCGUGAAUACAUUCAAUUUUGGGCUCUUCGGCUCUAUUAGAGCGUUCUCCACAAACUAUACGAUGUAUAUGGUACUACAUUUCCUGCAAACAUUUUUAGGUGCCGGUAUAAGUAGCUCUGCUUACAUUUUCGCUACGGAACUGGUUGGACCCAAGUAUCGAGUAUUGGCUGGCGCUCUAUGUCCCUCGAUGUUCGCUGUUGGUUCAAUGAUUUUGGGAUGCGUGGCGUGGGCAAUAGAAUCCUGGCGACACAUGAUACUGGCUUUACACAUGCCUUGUUUUCUUAUUGUCUUUUACUACUGGUUCCUCGGUGAGAGCGUGCGGUGGCUAAUAUCUAAGCAAAAAUACAGAAAAGCGAGAUCAGCGUUGGAAAAAGUAGCGAAAACAAAUAAGACUACAAUCAGCCAGGAGUCAAUGACAGCAUUGCUGCGUCCAAAAGUUGAGACGACAGUUCAUCCCACAGAAAGCCGCAAUUUGAUCACAGCAAUUCUUCGAUCACGUAUUCUUUUGCGCCGAGUUUGCACUACUCCUUUCUGGUGGAUCUCUACUACGCUCGUAUACUACGGUCUCUCUAUCAACUCAACUAGCCUUUCUAGUGCUAUGUAUCUGAAUUACAUCCUCACCUACGGCAUAGAUAUCCCGGGAAAUUUAGCCACUGUCCUCAUCUUAGCCCGGAUUGGCAGAAAGCCUACUUUAUCUGGAGACUUCAGUGUGGUCAGAUUGUUAUUAUACCUGUUGGGAAAGUUCAGCAUCUCAAUAGUGGUGACGUCACUGUACGUAUACACAUCCGAGCUCUACCCGACAGAGUACCGUCACAGCCUACUAGCUUUCUCCUCAACGAUUGGUAGAAUUGGUUCCAUAACUGCACCUCUGACUCCGGCCUUGAUGGUGUAUUGGGAGAGUUUGCCAUUCGUGCUGUUCGGUGGCAUGGGCCUGUUAGCUGGCCUCCUCGUCCUUACCCAGCCAGAGACCCGCGGAAUGAAACUGCCUGAUACGCUGGCUGAAGCGGAAGUGAUUACAAAAACUGGUGCA